AGCUUUUAGAAAUGUUUGGAGCAGGAACCGCUGCAGUGGUGACACCUGUGGGAGAAAUUCACUAUGAAGGCCAAGUUGUUAAAAUUCCCACCAUGGAGCACAAGCACCCGCUCACACAAAGGCUCUUUGAUGCCAUCAAGGACAUACAGUAUGGCCGUGUUCAAAGUGAAUGGACUGUCCUCAUUGAGUGAAAUCAGUGAAGCUUGAGUAAAAUACUGGUUGUGACACUUAAUGCAGAUUUCUGACUACAGGUAUAUUUUAGUUAGUAUUAUGAAUUAUUACACAAGUAGUAUACCACAACAUUCUGAAACUUUAUGAAACACACUGAAAGAAUUUUGUUAUGCUUGUUUGUCUGCAGAUACUGUUGUACAGCCAUCAAACACAAUAUACAAUGCUACAUAUUUAUUAUUUUGUUUUUGACAAUCAAAAUUUUGUUUUGUUGAGAACAUCAGUUUUGUUAUGCAAGUGGUUAUUGAUAUAUAAUAACUCUCUCAAUAUUGCAGUUAAAUUUAAUGUAGUAUUAUAGGUAAUACAUUAAAAUGAUUACUAUAUAUUUAGAAAUAAAUUUUAAUGUUAGGAUUUAAAAGGAAUAGUAUAUUUAGACUCGAAGUUAUUGUGCAAAUAGCAUUCACAAGCAUGAUUAUAUUAUCCACUGCAUGAAGUAGAAAAUAAGUUAUUUAUAUCACUUGAGCUGUACCAUUUGAGCACGUAGGAAUGUGUGUACUGUAUGUGCUCUGCUUAACAGAGCCGUAGCUGCAGGCAGUAUCAGAAAGAAGCAUAUGGCACAGUCAGAAAGGUUGUAAAUGAUGUACUUUAUAACUGGUUAAAGAAAGCACAAAGUGAUAUAGAGAAAUACUAAGUAGAGAGUAAACUUUGUUGUGUAUAAUGUGUUGCCUGUAAGAAUUUUAUAAGACUUAAGAAUAAAUGGUUAUAGAUUGUCUUGCCCAUAAGGAUGUGAUAAGAUCUGAUGAAGGCAUAAAAGAUCAUUUGUCUUUAACAGAUAUACCGUGGGAGAGCUGCAUGUAACGAGGGAAAAUGUUUAAUUGCUACAAAUCUCUAUUGUAUUUGCCGGCGUAAAAGAUGCUCCCUUACCUAGAAUGCACCCCUAUUUUAGAAGGAUAUUUUGUGGAAAAAAUUAUAUUAGUAUGUUUCUUCAUACAAUUAUUUUAAGAUAUUUUGAAUUGUAUUUUGUACCUCAACUCUUAUGAUCAGCUGUGUAGUUGUUUAUAGUUUGGACAAGAGAAUUACUAUAUAGGCUGUGAAACUUGUAUUUCUGGAGGUGAUGUUUUGUGUUACCAUGACAGGCCACCAGGCCGGCGCACCCGGUCAUGGCACACUAUCACAGUGCUCUGGUUUUGUUGUCAUUCACUCAUUGCAAAUGGCUGACAGGCAGAUGAAAGUUUAACAUUCCUUUCAAAUUUCUAGGAGCAUUUUUCAUUUAGAUAAUGGAUAAAUGUUUCUUAAAGGUAAGACAAUCGUUAAAUAAUGCAUGAAAUAUAUCAAGUGUGGAUUAUGUAUGCUGGGUAAGGUGGUGAGAUGAUGUGAACUUUCUUCAUAACUGCCAACAUAUCAUAAGCAAUUUUUGGUUAGUUUGUGAUAACAGACUGCGAUAACUCGGCUUGUUUUCAAUUUUUUAUUAUUAGCAAUGAUUUUUGUCUAGCAAACUUACCUAAUGUGCUCGUUUGGCUCCCUAGCCUACGACAUUCGGUUUCAAAUCCGUAAUACAGCAGCAUUAGACACACGGCAAUUUUUUUAUACAUUUAAAAAUAAAAAAAUGUGCGUCUUAGACGGUGGCAAAUACGGUACUUGCUUCUAAUGACAUUUUCUCUUUUGAUGACGAGUUUAAUGUCUGUAGUAUACCAGAGUUCUUAAAGUUAUGCAUGUGGCAUCAUAUUAAUGUUUGUAAAUCCUUCUGCCGAAGCUUCUGCAAUAUGUGUUUCUCGUAUCCAUUUGUGCCAGCAGUUUGAUGGAUAUUAUAGAUAGAAGUUAAGGAUAAAAUAUACAACUGCUUGAAUAUGAUCUACAGCAUCUUCAAGCAGUUUGUGUUUGUAUUCUGUGGCAUUUGACAAUGAUACUUCAAGGCCGAGUAUCUCGGCCUUGAAAUUUGCAAGUACAUGAUCUGGUACAUAUGUUGCCAUCUGGUGGUGACAACAUAUAACUUUGCUUCUGUGAUGCCAUGACCCACUCCUCCCUCUGUAAGAUCUUUGAUGUGAAUUAUUAAAUGUGUGUACAUUUGACCUUGCCUCCAGUCUUCACCUCAUACAUGUGACUUCACCUUAACCUUCACCUCACACAUACAUGAGUAGUCAUGUGUGUGAUAUCACUUUCAACCUAUAUCUGACCACUUAUUUUUUUUUCUCUCUACAAGCUUCCAACUCCUUGUAUAUUUGUUAGAACUAAUAGUCUUUGCCUAGAUUUACAAGUCUGUGGCUAGAUAUAAUAUAGUUGUUACAGGCAAGAUGUAAAAUGUACACAAGAGGGUGUACUCUCAACGUGGUGAUUCUCUACAUAAUUCUUGUACAGCAUGUUUAUAUCAGUAUUUGUGGCAUUUUUAUGUUGAUAGCCACUUGAUGUACAAAUUAAUCAAUGCUAGAUUAGGUUAAUUAUGUUUAUGUUGCAACAUCACAAGGUAUGGUGACCGGUGCACAUUAACGGGACUCAGAAAUGAUCAGUAAAUUAUGUUGUAAUGUACAAAUAUGAUUUUGAGCAAAUGUAGUAGUAAUUAGUGAAAUGAGGAAUGUGAGUUGCCAACACCUGUUAGGGAGUAAGAAUUCUUGCUGUCUGUACUUGGCAACAAUUUGUUAGGCAAUACUGUAAAUAAUUCUAGUUGUGCACAUUACUCUCAUUGUAAACAUAAACAAAUUUACUUGUACACUGAAAAUAAUAUAGGAAAACCUCGUUUAGCAAUUCGUGCCGAUUUGUUAUGUUGCUGUUUUUUCUUUGAAUUCGUUUCUUCUAACAUAAAAAAAUAGUUAAUAAAUCUAUUUCAGUAAU